AUGGCAAGAUAUCACUCGUCUCACAGCCACGGACUGGUGGAUAAGCCACACAGGUGCCUCCUCCACCGGCUACCUGAGCAAGAGCCAAGAGAUCGAGCGUCGUAAGAAAAUCUUGAACAAGCUAGUGAAGAAGCCGGACAUCAUCUUGCCGGAGAUGGCCGGGACGGUGGUGAGCAUGGCGACGUCCAUGCUGAGGGGCGCCAUCAGCAUGGCCGCCUCUGCCGCCGCCACCGAGAUGAGUCUUCUCAUGGGCGUCCGCAAGGACAUCUGGUUCAUAAAAGACGAGCUCAAGACUAUGCAAGCAUUCCUAGUGGCUGCUGAGAAAACGAAGAACAAAGACUUGCUACUGAAGGUGUGGGCAGAGCAAGUAAGAGAUGUAGCAUAUGGCAUUGAGGAUUGCCUUGAUGAAUUUAUGGUGCAUGUGGGAAGCCAGAGCCGGUCUCGACGGUUGCUUAAACUAAAAGCCCGCCAUCGCAUUGCCAGCCAAAUCCGCGAUCUCAAAGCAAGAGUAGAAGAGGUGAGCAACGGGAACACACGCUAUAACUUGAUCACCGCCGAUUCCUCCAGCUGCAUUGACGAGAUGAAUUCCUACACGGAAGAUAUUCGCAGCCACUCAGCUAGCAACAUUGAUGAGGCAGAGCUUGUGGGAUUUGCUAAGGCUAAACAAGAGUUGAUUGCGAUGGUGGAUGUCAACUCCAGAGAUGGUCCUUGCAAGGUGAUAUGUGUCGUUGGCAUGGGCGGUCUAGGCAAGACUACUCUUGCAAGGAAGGCUUAUGAAAGUAAGGAAGACAAUGUGAAUAAAUUUUCUUGUUGUGCAUGGGUCACCGUCUCACAGUCCUUUUCCAAGAUAGAGAUGCUCAAGGACAUGAUUAGCCAACUUUUGGGUAUCGACUCUCUGAGAAAAUGCUUGAAAGAUCUUGAAGGGAAGGAAGUGCAAAUAGAAAAUCUCUCUGAGUAUCUCACAAAGGAGUUAUUGGAUAAGAGGUACUUCGUUGUUCUUGAUGACUUGUGGACCAUAGAUGCGUGCAAGUGGAUCAAAAAUAUUGCUUUUCCUAGUACAAAUAACAAAGGCAGCCGAAUAAUAGUAACAACACGAGAUGCUGGCUUGGCUGAACAAUGCACUAAUGAAUCACUUGUCUAUCACCUUAAGCAAUUGCAACCAAAUGAUGCCACAAAAUUGCUACUAAUGAAGAGUAGGAAAACACAUCAAGACAUGGAUAAUGAUAAGGACAUGAAAACAAUGGUCCACAAAAUAGUAAAGAAGUGUGGGGGUCUACCGUUGGCUGUACUCACUAUAGGAGGCAUGCUUUCCACCAAAAAGGUUACAGAGUGGGAAAGUAUCUAUAAUCAAAUCCCCUCAGAGCUAGAAGUCAACCCUAGCCUUGAAGCAAUGAGGAGGAUAGUUACUCUAAGCUACAAUCACUUGCCAUCUCAUCUGAAGUCAUGCUUUUUGUAUCUAAGCAUCUUUCCUGAGGAUUUUGAAAUCAAAAGGAGACGUCUGAUAGAGAGAUGGAUAGCAGAGGGGUUUGUUAGAGCCACGGCAGGGGUGAGCAUUGAGGAUGUGGGCAAAGGUUACUUUAAUGAGCUGAUCAACAGAAGCAUGAUUCAGCCAUCAAGAGUGAACAUAGAAGGAAUUGUUAGGAGCUGUAGAGUCCAUGAUGUUGUGCGUGAUGUCAUGAUCUCGAUUUCUAGGGGUGAAAAUUUUGUUUACUUGGCACAAGAUAAUGUGACUAGUGUCAGAGAGGAGACCUUUCGCCAUGUAGCAUACCAUGGUAGCGAGUGCCAAAGUAUAGGCAUGGACUGGAACCAUGUCCGGUCAUUAACCAUGUUUGGUGAGAAACCAUUGGAGCCAUCAUCUUCGGUUUGUUCACCUGACAUGAGAAUGCUCAGAGCCUUGGAUCUAGAGAAUGCACAGUUUCAAGUCACACAAAAGGAUAUCAACAACAUAGGAUUGUUGCGCCACUUGAAGUAUGUGAAUUUUUCUGAUCCUCGAGGAUAUUCACAUAUUUAUAAACUUCCUAGAUCCAUAGGGAAAUUACAAGGCUUGCGCACUUUGAACAUUAGAGACAGUUAUAUUACAGAACUGCCAACUGAGAUUUGUAAACUCAAGAGUUUACACAGUCUGCGUUGUACCAGAAAUAGUUCCUAUGAAUACUUUGACUUGUAUAGCCCCAGGGAAUGCUUGGUGCAAACACUUUGUCUGCCCAUGCUGUUCACACCUUUGACUGAUCCUAGUAAGCGUACCAAGAAAGUUGCUGAGCUACACAUGGCCUGGUCUAGCCGUUGGUCAUGGUCAAGAGGUGUGAAGGUGCCAGAAGGAAUCGGCAAACUGAAAGAGCUGCAAAUACUAGAGGUCGUGGACAUCAGACGAACUAGCUGCAAAGCAAUUAAAGAGCUAGGUGAGCUUGUGCACCUGAGAAAACUGAGCGUGGUUACAAAAGGGGCCACCAAGCAGAAAUGCAGGAUACUCUGUGAUGCCGUUCAGAAGCUCACUUGCCUUCACUCACUUGAGUGGCUGCAUGUUGUUUCCUCUCCCCCUCCCCUGUUGAGGAGUCUGACGUUGGAUGGACGCCUUGGAGAGAUUCCUGGCUGGGUUGGGGAUCUGAUGCAUUUGGUCAAGCUUCACUUAUGGCGCAGCGAAAUAAAGGAAGAAGGUAAAAUCAUGGAAAUACUAGGGCCACUUCCCAACCUCAUGCACCUUCUUCUUGGAAGGGGCUGUUAUAUCGGGGAGAAGUUGGCGUUCAAAACGGGAGCGUUCCCAAAUCUCAAGAAGCUUGAUAUUUGUAAUCUGUGGGAACUGAGAGAGUUGAAAUUUGAGGACGGCACCUCCCCCCAGCUGGCAAUGAUAGAUAUCAGUUGGUGCGAGUUGAGAUCAGGAAUUACCGGAGUCAACCAGCUUCCAAAGCUCAAGGAGAUCUCACUUGGUCUGGGUGGUCGAGUGGCGAAGCUUGCUAUGCUGCAAAGUGAAGUGGACGCCCACCCCAAAAGUCCCGUGCUGCGACUGUCUGAGGAACGGAGCUACUAUGAUCUGGGGGACGUCGUCGUCCAAGUGGAAGAAGCAACGGAGGAAUCAUCAUCUCUCCAUCCUGAGCCUGCAGCAGCGGGAGGGAGCUCAGAAUCGGUGGUGACAACAAACGUCAGCCAAGACGAUCUGCUUUACACUUACAAUUCGUGCUGACUGAAUCCGAGCAAGUCUCCUGCCACUUCCACCACAAUGUAGUAACACUCUGCAGGUUCAGGUGCGGGUGCAGGAAAAGAGGAAGAUACAAAUACAGUCAGGAUGGUUGACAGCUGCAAGAUACGCCAGAUUGUUUCUGCAGAAUUAAAGGUUGGGCGAAGACUGUCUCUUCCAAUUCAAUGCUCCGGUGAACUUGGGGCAAUCUUUUAGGCAGAAUUAACGGUUGGACUCCUUCCGCUGGAACAUCAAUUAUUAACUGCAUGUUGCAAUAUCCAGAGGAUAAUCAUAUAAUGAUCUGUUGCUAAUUAUCAAUAGAGACUUGCUUUGUUUGCCCGUGGGUCGCUGCUUGUAUGAUUCCAUGCUAUAUCUUGUACCGAAUCAUAACUGAAGAAUGACGACACCUGCUUACUGUAUAAGAUUGUGCACUGAAGAAUGCCGACGCCGACGAAGAGCAUAGCCAGCCAAGAUGACGUACUGUACACAUACAGGCCCUGUCCAAUAACCAUGCCACUGUAUAACUGCAUGCUCAUCAGCCAAGUUCCAUUAGGGGUUCAGACUUGUGAAGAAAAUCAGCGGCUACAAGUCCACUACAUCACUAAACGAAAAAUUGGGAACUUCCUGCAGCAGGACAGCUGCACCAUGGACAUGAGAAAGUGGGAAUCCAAUUAUAGCACCAUGCAUCUGCACCCAAAUCGCCUGCAUAUAUUUCCAAGGCUGCAGGCUGCAGGAAGUUAGGAUUUCGCAAAUCCAGGUCAAGCUGGAAUGUGGCAUGAUUAAGGUCAUGAUGCAAUUAAUGCGACUUAUGGUGGUGCAUUAGAGUACCAAAUUUUCUGCUGAAGGUUGUAUAAUAGCACGGAGCCAAUUGGAGGAAGGCAAAACCAAUGGAAGUACGAGAGGUGGGCACCGGCUGACCGCCUAUUCCUUCUGUAUUUCAGUGUAUAAUUGUAUAUUCUGGAGAUAAAUUAGUGCUCACAGUGUGGUAGGGGAGCAUUUCCAAAUGUCAGGAAUCUUGAUAUUUGGCAGGAGCUGAAGCAACUCUCGCAUGUGAGAAUUGAGCAGGGUGGUUGAGAAGGACACUGAAUGUUGUGAAGAGUGUGUACUGUGAUCACACUGAUGAGUGGUCAGUUCAAUUUACUUCCUCUCUGUUCGUUGCGGUGCC